AUGACGGUAUCAAUUGAAGCUUUAGCAAUGGCUGGGGCUGAUUAUAACGAAUGGGGUUUGGAUAUUGAAGAGUGGGAAGAUGAUGAUGACUUGCAAUGCCCACCCCCGCAUUUACUUGCUGACGAGAAGGAAGAGGAACCGGCGGUGGUUGUUGAACAAGUUACCCAAAUCAUCGACACCAGCCGCCAUUCGGAAGAUUUCAAUGCCAUCGGAGAACUCAGGAAUCGGAGGGCGUUCCGAGGCAGAGCUUUGGCCGGGAGAAUCUUACAAUCGUCCAAGUCAAUAAAGAGGGUCAAAUGCAUGAUCAUGCAGCUAAUGGUUGAAAGCAUAUUUCUUAAUUUAUUCCUCAAUCCUGUAUAA